CCGCCGCCCUUCCGCCUCUCCGCCAUCCGCGCCUCCUCCUCCGCCAUCGCCGCCCCCAAACGGGAAACAGAUCCCAAGAAGCGAGUCGUGAUCACCGGGAUGGGGCUCGUCUCGGUGUUCGGCAACGACGUCGACCGCUACUACGAGAAGCUUCUCGAAGGAGAGAGCGGGAUCGGGCCCAUCGAUCGGUUCGACGCCUCGAAGUUUCCGACGAGAUUCGCCGGUCAGAUCCGAGGGUUCAGCUCGGAGGGGUACAUUGACGGGAAGAACGACCGGAGGUUGGACGAUUGUUUGAGGUACGGUCUUGUUAGUGGGAAGAAGGCGCUCGAGAGCGCUGGGAUUGGGGUUGGCAGCGAGGAGUUCGAAAAGAUUGACAAAACCCGUGCCGGUGUUCUAGUAGGGACUGGCAUCGGUGGGCUUUCCGCGUUCUCUGAUGCGGUCCAAGCUCUUGUAGAGAAAGGCCAUAGGCGAAUCUCUCCCUUCUUCAUCCCAUAUUCCAUAACAAACAUGAGUUCUGCUUUGCUUGCCAUGGAUAUUGGAUUCAUGGGUGUAAAUUACUCGAUCUCAACUGCGUGUGCUACCGCCAACUAUUGCUUCUUUUCUGCCGCAAACCAUAUUCGUAGAGGCGAGGUUGAUAUAAUUGUUGCUGGCGGCACUGAAGCUGGCGUUGUUCCCGCUGGAAUUGGGGGUCUCUCUGCCUGCAGAGCUCUGUCGCAGAGGAAUGAUGACCCCAAAACCGCGUCAAGGCCGUGGGAUAAGGAUCGAGAUGGUUUUGUUAUAGGAGAGGGUGCUGGAGUGUUGGUUAUGGAGAGCCUGGAACAUGCAAUGAAACGCAAUGCGCCAAUUAUUGCCGAGUACUUGGGAGGUGCUGUGAAUUGUGAUGCCUACCUUAUGACGGAUCCCAGAGCUGACGGGCUCGGAGUUUCAAAUUGUAUCAGGAGAAGUCUUGAAGGUGCAGGGGUAGCCCCAGAAGAGGUCAACUACAUAAAUGCUCAUGCAACUUCCACCCCUGUUGGUGACCUUGCUGAGGUGAAUGCUAUAAAGCAAGUGUUCAAGAAUCCAAAGGAGAUCAAGAUGAAUGCAACCAAGUCUAUGAUAGGCCAUUGUCUUGGUGCUGCUGGAGGGCUGGAAGCCAUUGCUACAGUUAAAGCCAUAACUACUGGAUGGCUACAUCCAACCAUAAACCAAUUUAAUCCAGAGCCUUCGGUUGAUUUUGAUACAGUAGCAAAUAUAAAGCAGCAACAUGAAGUGAAUGUUGCAAUUUCUAACUCCUUUGGAUUUGGCGGGCACAACGCUGUGGUGGUGUUUGCUCCUUUUAAGCCAUGAUCUAUAUCUAGUUAAUUCACUGUUUCCCCAUUUUGAAAGGCUUUGACUUUCUCUCGAUAUUUGAGGUUAUUCAUCAAAACUGGCAGGAAACGGGCAUGAUUCUUUUAGCUAGGCUGCUUUCAGGUUGUUAGCGUGGAGGUUCAUUGUGAAGAUGCUGUAGGCCGCUGUCAGUUUGUUGUUAGUGUGGAAGUCCAUAACGGGGGGCUAGGACCCUGUAAACUCGUGAACAAAAUUGGGAGUUUCUCUCUCAAAGACAUUUUAAUUAUUCAACAUUUACAUGUAAGGUGUUCAGUAAGAAAAUGUUAAAAGUUAAUGCAAUAUUUGUGAGACUUUCCAAA